AACGCUGUCACAAACAAAAACAAAUUUCAUGCAUCCGAAGCGCUUUUCUGGUUUAUCUGCACCAGGAACGCUAAAAGUCGAAUAAUUUGAAGUCACCCAGUUAUUACGGAAAAAUCCUGUUUUAAAAUUAGAAACAGAUAUGGUACGACUUGACAAACCGGCAGUGUGCACGGCGAUAAUAUUCAUACGUUUAGUUAGUAUUAUAGUAUGACUUUUAAUAUUUGGAUAUUUAAAAACAUUUGAUGCUCCAUAAACGGUAUAACAUCUUAAAAUUGUUUUACAAUUAUGGGUGAAAAAUACAACAUGUAUAGCUUAAAAUGGUUUCGUCUACUCUUUAUAUUUGUAACAACACCAGUUUUAAGCUACCGUAAGCUUGAAUGUCCAGCCCGUACUGAAUGGAAAUUCAGAGCUGUCAGUAAUUGUAACAUUUCUGAGGGUUAUCACUGUUUAUUUAAUGAAAAUACUGACGAGUUUGAAGAAUUUUGCGACACGAGAUCGUAUAAUGAUCCAGCAGGACACAAACUAGUUUUGGUUGGCGAUCUUGAUCGAAGGGAUUGUGAAGGUACCAGAUAUCAACCAUUUUCCUUUUCUACGAAUGGAAUGUCAUCUUGUAUCUUUGAAAAGACAUAUUGUAGAGAAGAGGGACAAGUUAUCCAUACUGAUGGAACAGCUGAUUCUGACAGACAGUGUCGCUGUGACUAUACAAGGAGUUAUGCCUUUAUAAUAAUGCCAAAACAAAGUUGUUACUGUGUACCUUCAAAGGAAGACUGUUCGUGUUACAAAAAACCAUGUCCUCUUGAUUUUAUCAUGACGCCUGAUUACGAAUGUGUAAAUAAAACCGUGUGGACAGGAAAGUUUACUUGUGCUUUGAUACAUUAUAACAAUGACAAAGAAAGUAAGCCGACUACAGCAUUCAUUCCAAAUAGCAAAGAGACAGAUAAUACAGCAUACAACUCGUCAAAUGAAUAUAAAACUGUCUUUACGGUAUUAGUUGCCGCUGCAAUUUUGUCCGUACUAGCCUUUAUGAUGAUUGCAUUUUUCCUGGACAGGGCUCCGAUUGGCAGCGUAAAUGGACAUAUACAAAUGGAAGAAGUUAUGCGAGAAAAUUUAGAAUUAAAGAAUAGGCUUGAUAAUCCAAUUCCACAAAACAUCAAAGAACUGCAGAAUUAUGAAAAGAAGCAGUGGAAAGAACGUCUGCAUCGAUUUGUUGAAACUAAGGCAUUCACAACGGUAUUGGAAAGCAUGACAAAAAGCCAGUGUAUUCUGGUGUCAGGACCACAGGGAUGUGGAAAGUCUUCACUUGCAUUUUACAUAGCAUUAACUAUGGAGGAAACCGAAGAAUUUGAACUAUUGAUUGUUACAAUUCCAGAUGACAUAGUCAGAUAUGCUUCUAAAGAUAAGAAGCAGAUAUUUAUCAUUGACGAUAUAUUUGGAAAGUAUAAUGUUCAUGAUUAUGACUGUACGUGGUGGAGUAAGCAAGGUAAUUUGGUUCGUACGCUAAUGGAUAGAAAUAAGAAUUCUAAAAUACUAGCAACUUGUAGGUCUUAUAUAUAUAAUUCAGUUGAUAUUGUCACUGUGAAAAAUGCUUUUGUUCACCACAGCCUUAUCGAAGAAGACAUGGAGCUAACCGAAAGCGAUCGGCGGACAAUAGGUAAAUCAUAUUUAAGUGACGCGACAAUAGACCAAUUAGGCAAAGACGUCAUUAUGAAGUAUAGCUUUUUUCCUGCACUUUGCGCUGAUUAUUUAUCCGAUACAAAAGAAACUGUCGUAGAAUAUUUUUCAACGCCAUAUAAUUAUGUGGCUGCAGAGAUUGAAAAGUGUAAUAAGUCUAAAGAUUUGAAUUACUUUUCCUUAGCACUAGUGGUGAUGUUGAACAAUAAUGUUAGGAAAGAAAUGCUUAUACAGGAUACGAGUAUUUAUAAUGAGCUAAUUCAAUCUUUGGCAAAGGAAAUUGGUUAUACACAAACGCCAUCAAAACAGUCAUUACGUGUUUGCCUUAGUACCUUAAUAGGAUCUUACGUAAUCGAAACUGAAUCUGAGUAUUUCUUUAUGAACGAAAUGUUAUUCUAUAUUAUCGCACAUGUCUUAAGUAAACAUAUCCUACGUACCUUACUCAAAUAUGGUAGGACAUCGUUUCUAAAAGAUAGAGUCAAAUUUCUGUCUCUUGAUGGACAUUUUCCAAAACUGACAAUUAUGAUUCCAGACACAUUAGAAUCAGCAUACUUUGACCGAAUCUUAUGCAAUAUAAAAAUGGGGUUAUUUUGGGAUGUUUUAACGGAUACGCAGAAUUAUUUUGCUAAAUUCAGAGAAGCUUUUAUUUUGUACAUGAGACCUAAGUUGAAAUGUAGUGACUUAAAGGACUCGGAUAAUGGCUCGACAGUUUUACAUGCUGUAUCUUUGCAUGGUUAUGAGGACUACCUUAAAUAUUUCAUUGAAUUGGACAAAUCAUUGGUAAAUAAAGGGAAUUCCUCUGGUCAAAUUCCUUUGCAUUUGGCUUGUCUAAAAGGACAUUCUCAUACAGCACAAUUAUUGAUUGAGAAACGAACUUUUAUUGACAAAACAGAUGAUAAUGAAAAUACACCUUUAGAUGUAGCAUGUGCGCAUGGCCAUAAAGAUACAGUAGAUGUGCUUUUGUUUCAUAAAGCUACAAUAAAACAAAAACCAAAAGAGCUUAAAACAGCACUGCAUGUAGUUUGUAGAAAUGGAAAUAGAAUUAUAGCGGAAAUGUUGUUGAAAAGAAAUGCAAAGGUUGAUAUAAGGGAUAAAGCUGGACAGACUCCUUUACAUUUAGCUACAUUGAAAGGACAUGGUGAAAUCGUUGAAUUGCUUAUUCAACAUAAUUCUGAUGUCAAUCUUGCUGACUAUAAAGGAAGAACUGCGAUAUAUUUAGCUUGUGAGAAGAAACAUACAAAGAUUGUAGAGUUGCUGUUGAAAUGUAAUGCUAACACAUUGAUAGACAAUGCAGACGGAAAGCGUCCAAUACAUUGCUGCUGUGAAGUAGGAUGUAGUGAUAUUACUCAGCUGUUACUUUCUCAUCAUGUUGAUAUAAAUCUACGUGAUUCUGGGGACUCUACUCCGCUUCACUGGGCUUGCAAAAAGAAUCAUGAGCGUAUUGUUAAAAUGUUAUUGGAGAAAAAUGCAGACGUUUCUCUCUUUACUAAAUAUGGAAAUACACCACUUCAUAUUGCUUGUAUUAAUGGUCAUAUUAAUAUCAUCAAGAUGUUGUUAGACUACAAGGCAAAUGUUAACUGCACAGACAUAUAUGAUAAGACACCACUACAUCUGACAUGUGAACACGGUCUACAGGACGCAGUUUCCCUCCUUCUGGUACACCGAGCAGAUGAUAGUGCCAAAGACAAAGAAUCAAAAACUCCUCUCCAUCUCGCAUGCUUCGAUGGGAAUGAAAAUAUUGUUGAAGAAUUAUGUAAGCAUGGUGUUUCAGUUGAUGCAACAGAAAAAUAUGGUAGGACACCUCUCCAUAUUUGUUGUGAACAAGGUCAUUCUAGCUUGAUAAAAAUACUUAAACGAUAUGGAACAGACAUAAAUAAAAAGGAGAAAGAGGGUUUAACUCCUCUGUAUAUUGCUUGUCGCGAGGACAAUGUAGAUACCAUUAAACUGCUAUUGACACUCGGUGCACAUAUAAAUGAAACGGAUAAAGAUGGAUGGACACCACUGUAUUUAGCAUGCAAAGAGAGUAACAUAGAAAUGGCUAAAAUUUUAAUACCAAAAGGUGCAAACAUAAAUCAAGCUGAUAAAGAUGGUAUAACACCUCUUCAUUUGACUGCUCAGGCUGGAAAUGCUAGUCUUACGAAAUUGCUGCUUGAAAGUAAGGCUUCUGUAAAUAUGGUGGAGAACUUAGGUCAGACACCUAUUUUCAAGUCUUUAUCAGCUGUUCAAAAAGAUGUUACUGAACUCUUGCUUCAAAAUGGUGCAUCUGUAAAUGUGAGUGACAAGUUUGGGAUGACUCCUAUUAGAAUUGCUUUACAGAAAAGAGACAGCGAUGUGAUAAACUUGUUAAAACAUUACAAUGAAUAGUAAAUAUGAAGAUAAUAUAGUAAGAUUCAAUGUCGAUUUUUUUUAUACUUAUGGUUCAU